GCGGUGGACUCGUGGGAUGACCGGGCAGCCAAGUUGGGAUAAGCUUUACUCCGACAGAUUUGGAUUUGGUUGAUAAUUGAGGCAAAUGGCCCCCCCACUGCCUAUAUAACUUGCCCCUAUUCUUCACCAUUUUCGCAGCAAAUACUUGAGUGUGAUCAAUAGGAGGGAAAUUUUGCAGUUAUAUUAAUGGAUCCCUACAAGCAUCGACCAUCAAGUGCUUUCAAUGCACCCUACGUAACUACAAACCAGGGGAUUCCAGUGUGGAAUAACACCUCCUCCCUUACGAUAGGAAAUAGAGGUCCUGUUCUGCUAGAGGACUACCAUCUGAUAGAGAAGUUUGCAACGUUUACUAGGGAGAGAAUCCCAGAGAGAAUAGUCCAUGCAAGAGGGGCCUCAGCUAAGGGCUUUUUCGAGGUUACUCACGAUGUUUCCCAUCUCACCUGUGCUGAUUUCUUGAGGGCACCAGGAGUUCAGACACCUGUGAUUGUACGAUUCUCUACUGUCAUACACGAGAGGGGAAGCCCAGAGACCAUAAGAGACCCCAGGGGAUUUGCCACCAAGUUCUACACCAGAGAAGGAAACUUCGACAUUGUGGGAAACAACAUCCCUGUUUUCUUCACCCGAGAUGCACUUCAGUUCCCAGAUGUUAUUCGUGCUUUCAAGCCGAAUCCAAAGACCCACAUCCAGGAAUCGUGGAGGUAUCUGGAUUUCUGCUCCCACCUUCCAGAGAGCUGUUCGACCUUCAUGUACUUUUACGACGACUGGGGCAUUCCAUCCGACUACCGACACAUCGAUGGUUAUGGUGUUCACACAUUUAUGUUUCUUAACAAAGAGGGGAGAGAAACGUAUGUGAAGUUUCAUUGGAGACCCACAUGCGGACAGAAAUUCAUGAUGGAUGAGGAAGCGGUGAUUGUGGGAGGUACCAAUCACAGUCAUGCCACCAAGGAUUUAAGUGACUCCAUAGCCUCUGGUAAUUAUCCAGAGUGGAGGUUCUACAUUCAGACCAUGAAUCCUGCUGAUGAGAACAAGUUCGAUUUCGAUCCUCUUGACGACACCAAGAUCUGGCCAGAGGAUCUGUUUCCCCUGCAGCCUGUGGGACGGAUGGUUCUGAACAAAAACAUUGACAACUUCUUCAAUGAGAACGAAAUGUUGGCAUUCAACCCAGCUGCCAUUGUUCCAGGCAUAUAUUUCACCAACGAUAAAAUGCUUCAAACUCGAACAUUUGCCUACGCAGACACCCAGCGACACAGGCUUGGCCCCAACUAUCUGCAACUCCCUGUCAAUGCUCCCAAGUGUCCCCAUCAUAACAACCAUCGAGAUGGUGCCAUGAAUAUGGUGCACAGAGACGAGGAGGUGGAUUAUUUCCCAUCUCGUUUUGAUCCAGUUCGACCCUCUGAAAGGGUGCCAAUGCCCAGAAUUGUUGUUAAUGGUAUAAGGGAGAAGACUGUAAUUACGAAAGAAAAUAACUUCAAGCAACCAGGGGAUCUCUUCCGUUCAUGGCCUCGAGACAGACAAGAAAGAUGGAUAAAACGAUUUGCUGAUGGUCUUUCUGAUCCAAGAGUAACCCAUGAGAUUAAGAGUGUGUGGCUUUCCUAUUGGUCUCAGUGUGAUAGAGGACUGGGACAACGAUUGGCUUCUCGUCUUGGGAUGAAAUCCUUGAUGUAAAAAGGAUAGUUGAACUACUUGUUUUUAAUAUUUUGUCGAAGAUAUUCAAAAUAAUCUAUAUUGUUCUUAUAAUAAGAGACUUUGUUAUUUAGUAUUUAUAAAGUGAUAAAUGUCUCGAUCGAGAUUCAAAUCACAAAAACCAUGUUUUAUUGUAAUUAUUGUGAAGUUAUUAUGAAUCUUUUUUAUUUCUAUUA